UUUGUAUAAAAAGGUCCUGGAGUCAUGUAGUUGGCAGAGCAAGUUGAACCAUCCACUGGGGAAAAAAACUAAACCACCAUCACCAUGGGCAAGAUUAUCUUCUACGAGGAGAGGAACUUCCAGGGUCGCCACUAUGAGUGCAUGAGCGACUGCGCUGACAUGUCCUCCUACCUGAGCAGGUGCCAGUCCUGCAGGGUGGAGAGUGGCUGCUUCAUGGUCUACGAGCGUCCCAACUACAUGGGUAUGCAGUUCUUCAUGAGAAGGGGCGAGUACCAUGACAUGCAGCGCAUGAUGAGCAUGGGAAUGACAUUCGACUCCAUCAGAUCCUGCAGAAUGAUCCCCUAUCACAGAGGUCAGUUCAGGAUGAGGAUCUACGAGAGGGAGAACUUUGGUGGUCAGAUGAAUGAGCUGAUGGACGACUGCGACAACAUCAUGGACCGUUACCGUAUGAACGACUGCAUGUCCUGCCACGUGAUGGACGGCCACUGGCUGAUGUACGAGCAGCCCAACUACAGAGGCAGGAUGAUGUACAUGAGGCCCGGAGAGUACAGGAGCUUCAGGGACAUGGGCAUGAGCGGCAUGAGGUGGAUGAGCAUGAGGCGUAUCACUGAUAUGUGCUAGACAUCUGUGUUUGACUUAAGUAAAUAAAAACAAUGUGUAAUUCAAAACCAUA